AUGGCCACCGGCAGCGGCACCGCCACCACAAUCCCCACCACCUCCCUCGCACUAACCUUCACGACCCCGAGCUCCACGCCGCAAGUCACCACACACCCGCUCCCCUCUCCGCUCCCGUCAUCCUCAAUCCUCGUCCGCGUCCAUGCCGCCGCCCUCAACCCCUACGACACGCAGCUGCUGCACUGGCCGCUGCUGCGCCUCCUGAAGGGCUCUGGCCCCAAGGGCCUUGGCCGCGACUACUCGGGCACUAUUGUCGCCGUGGGCAAGAACUGUAAGGACUGGAAGAUUGGAGAUGAGGUCUUUGGGCUGUUUCUUAAAUUGGGCGGCGAAGGCACGAUCAGAGAAUACCUAGUCGUCGACCCCACCACCGACCCCGUCGUUGCGAAGCCCGCUGAACUCUCCCAUGAGCAGGCGGCAUCGAUCCCGCUUGUUGCCCUCACGGCGUUUACGUGUCUUGAGUGGCUCCCGCCACCACACAAGGACGGCACGCCCCGCCAGGUGGUUGUGGUGGGCGCGAGCGGCGGGACGGGCGUGUGGACCACGCAGCUGGCCAAAAAGCACUACAACUGCACCGUGACCGCCAUCUGCUCCGGCAAGAACGAGCAAUUCGUGACCUCCCUCGGCGCAGACCGCACAAUCGACUACACGCAGGUCCCCUCGCUGUCCUCGGCGCUGCUCGCACAGCGCCCCAAGGCCGGCUACGACCUCAUCGUCGACUGCGUCGGCGGCACAAGCCUCUUCCCGGCGUACACGCAGCUGCUGCCGCGCAGCGGCGCGUACGUGACGAUCGUGGGCGACAAGACGUCGCGUGCGGUCAUGGGCGGCCCUGCGACGUAUCUGACGCAUCCGGCGAUGGCGUGGCGACACCUGUGGGGGUGGGUGGUGGGGCCGAGGUAUGCGUGUGUGCUGUUGAAGGCGAAGAGGGAGUGGCUGGAGUUGGCGAGGGAGCUGGUGGUGAGGGGGGAGGUGAGGGUGGAGGUGCAGGAGGUGAUUGAUGGGGGGUUGCAGGAGGGGUGGAAGAGGGGGUUUGAGUUGUUGGAUAGUGCGAGGGUGAGGGGGAAGGUGGUGGUGAGGAUUUAG